AUGGAUUACAAGAAAAUGGAUACAAAAUCUCUCAACCAGUUGCUGAUUAAUCGCAUUGGUGAACUCCAACAGCAAGGUUUGGCUGAUGACUAUUUUCGGCAUUGUCAUUCUUUGAAGGAGGAUAAUGGUCCGUUCUUUUUUGCGGAACUUAUACAUGUAUUUUUAGCUGAUGCUUAUAAAGUUGUGAAGGAAAUUGCAAAAGCUAUAGAUCAAUCGCAUGUGGACUACAAUCAAAUGUAUGUGCACUGUAUCAAGCUCAAAGGAAGUGCUGCAUGCAUUGGAGCUUGUCGGUUGAGAAAUGCAUGCACUUAUUUGCGCCAGGCUAUUGACGAUAAAUCCAGAGAUCAGUGUUGCCUGGCAUUGAAUGAUAUUAAGCAAGAGUACAAUUAUCUGCAAAGCCCGUUGGACAGCAUUUUCAAGAUCUCAACUACACCAACAAAAGAAGGGUUCCUAAUGGACCUGACCCCAUCCACAACAGAAAAGCUGGCAACUCUCGUCGACAACCAGGCCAAGCUUAGUCCAGAGAGUUUUGAGAAGCUGCAAGCAAAUGAUUAG